GCCGAUGUCAUUCCUAUUAUGUGAUAAAGGAACUGUGAGUUUCAGAGUAGCUGGAUAGGAGAGACUCAUUCCCGGAGAACAGAGAGCUCUUGAUUCAUUUUGUAAAUAGGUAGAAUUAGACUGGAUUCCACAAGCAACAUGGACUGCUCAACUCCAAAGCUUGACAAAAGUCAUUCAUUACAUCACAUGAGCCACUGUCAGACACGACCAGAGCUACCCCCUCUGCCUGUGUCUGCAAGUGAGGAGCCAUCUGAACUCUACCAGACCGUCAUGUCACACAGCUUCUAUCCACCCCUCAUGCAACACACAUCGUGGACUCUGGCCGUACCCUUCAAAGAACAGUGCCACCACCGUGGACCCAGUGACUCCAUUGGCAACAACUACUCCUUGAUGGCCCAAGACAUGAAGCUGAAAGACCUGCUGAAGGUCUACCAGCCAGUCACCGGCACUGUCCCUAGGGAGAAGACUAGUCAGAAGCAGCCAUUAGGUACUUCUAAAACCUCAUCAGAGCCCAGCAGAAAGAAAAUGAAAUUUUCCUUCAGAAACAAAGAGGAUCCUAGCGGGACCUGCUUGACUUGUACCGCCUCAACCUGCUCACGCAUGAGGAAUGAUGCAGACAGAUCUGCGAUCUUCCCAGGAAGCAGGCCGAUGAGCCCUGAGCAGCAGAUGGAUGUGAUGCUGCGGCAGGAGAUGGAAAUUGAAAGCAAAGAGAAAAAACCAUCUGAAUUAGACCUGGAGAGAUACUAUUACUAUUUGACCAACGGCAUCCGAAAAGACAUGAUCGCUCCAGAACACGAUGAAGUGAUGGGCCGGAUUGAAAAGCUGAUUCCUAAGAUGCUGCUGACAAGCCCUGCCCUGGAACCCCUGCAGGAUGCACUUAGAGAUGAGAAGGAAAAUGACUAUUAUUGCAGCCUCAUGAAAAGCAUUGUUGACUACAUUCUCAUGGACCCAAUGGAGAAGAAUAGGCUGUUCAUCGAGAGCACCCCCCGCUUGUUUCCUCACAGAGUGAUCCGGGCCCCAGUGCCCUGGCACAAUGUCUACCAGAGUGCCAAGAGAUGGAAUGAGGAACACCUGCACACAGUGAACCCUAUGAUACAACAUCUGAAAGAACUGUGGUUUGCAGAAUAUAAAAACCUCAGGUUUGUUCGAAUAGCAGAUUUAUUGGCAGGAAAACUGCCUCUGCUGCCUAAGGAGUACCGGAAUGUGAUCCGGAGGCAUUGCAUGGAGACUCGCCACAUUCUCCUCUCCAGGUGGAUCCCCACCUGUGCCCAGCUUUUUACCACGCAAAAGGAACACUGGGUCCACUUUGCUCCAAAGAGUAACUAUGACUCCUCUCAAAACAUCGAAGAAUAUUUUGCUUCUGUUGCCUCUUUCAUGUCACUGCAACUCAGAGAGUUGGUCAUUAAGUCCCUCGAGGACCUUGUCUCAUUCUUCAUGAUACACAAGGAUGGAAAUGAUUUCGAGGAGCCCUACCAAGAGAUGAAAUUCUUUACACCUCAGCUAAUCAUGAUCAAACUUGAAGUCUCUGAACCCAUUAUUGUCUUUAAUCCAACAUUUGAUGACUGCUGGGAAUUAAUCAACAAUUCGUUCUUGGAAAUUAUUAAGAACUCUGAAGGGAUCCCCAAGGUGGAGUCUGUCCUGUUACCAGAGUUGAAAGGGUACAGCCUGAUCCUUAGAACUGUUGACCCUAAAGAAAAACUCGUUUCUGAUUUUGUGGAUCAGACUUUUGAGGUAUUUAAGAAAAAUCAAGUUGGCCCCUACAAAUACUUAAACGUGUACAAAAAGUAUGGUGACUUGUUGGAUAGCACAGCAGAGAAAGACAUCACUGCGUUCCUGAAAGAAAAUCAUGAAAUUGAGGAAUUUGUGAUGAGCAUCAAUGGUAUAAAAAAGAGGAGAAAUGAAAUUGCAUCCAUGCACAUUACUGUGCCUUUGGCAAUGUUUUGCCUUGAUGCUAUGAUCCUGAAUUAUGAUCUGUGUGAGCGAGCUCAAAACCUUAAAGACCGUCUGAUUCAAUAUCAAGUGGAUGUCAACCGUGACACCAAUACCAGCAUUUGUAACCAGUACAGUACCAUUGCAGACAAAGUCAGUCAGGUUCCUUCCAACACCUCGGAGCUGGUAUCCCUCAUUGAGUUCUUAAGGAAAUCCAGUGACGUCACUGUAUUCAAACUCAGGAGGCAACUUCGAGAUGCAAGUGAAAGGCUAGAGUUCCUGAUGGAUUAUGCAGACUUACCUCAAGAGGAUAUCAAACUGAAUAGCACCCUGUUCCUCUGGCCAGACCAGAUAGAAGAAGUCUUUGAAAGCAGCCGGAACCUGCUCCUUAGCAAGAGGGAUCAGGCGGAGAUGGACCUAAUUAAAAGGUGCUCAGAAUUUGAGUCGAGGCUCGAAGGCUAUGGCAAGGAGCUGGAAGCCUUUAGGAAGCGUGAAGUGAUGAGCACAGAAGAAAUGAAGAACAAUGUUGAAAAGCUUAAUGAGCUUUCCAAGAACCUAGAACAGGCGCUGGUGGAAUUUGAGCUCAUCAAUAAGGAGGAAGAGCUGCUAGAGAAGGAGAAGAGUACGUUCCCUCUUCUGCAGGCCUUGAUGACCAACAAAGUGCCAUAUGAGCAGCUAUGGGUGACAGCCUACGAGUUCAGCAUCAAGUCAGAGGAAUGGAUGAAUGGACCCCUCUUCUUACUGAAUGCUGAGGAAAUUGCAGAAGUGAUAGGGAAUAUGUGGCGAACAACAUACAAAUUGACCAAGACCUUCGCCGAUGUGCCUGCACCAAGGCGCUUAGCAGAGAAUCUCAAGUUGAAGAUUGAGAAGUUCAAGCAGUAUAUACCCAUCCUCAUCAUUUCGUGCAACCCGGGCAUGAAAGACCGGCACUGGCAGCAGAUCAGUGAAAUUGUUGGCUAUGAAAUAAAACCCACAGAAACAACUUGUCUCUUGAACAUGCUGGAAUUUGGAUUUGGCAAAUUUGUUGAAAAACUGGAGCCCAUUGGUGCAGCUGCCAGCAAGGAAUAUUCUCUGGAGAAAAAUUUGGAGAAGAUGAAGUCAGACUGGGCCAACAUGACGUUCAACUUCGUGAAAUACAGGGAUACCAAUACAAACAUCUUGUGUGCAGUUGAUGACAUUCAAUUGCUGCUUGAUGAUCACGUGAUAAAGACCCAAACCAUGUGUGGUUCACCGUUCAUCAAGCCAAUAGAAACAGAAUGCCGGAAAUGGGAAGAAAAGCUACUUCGAGUGCAGGAAAAUUUGGAUGCCUGGUUGAAAUGUCAAGCAACUUGGCUGUACCUGGAACCAAUCUUCAGCUCAGAGGACAUUAUAGCCCAGAUGCCAGAAGAAGGCAAGAAAUUUGCCAUUGUUGAUAGUUAUUGGAAAUCGCUCAUGUCCCAAGCGAUAAAAGAUACAAGGGUUAUGAUGGCAGCAGACCAGCUACGAAUGACUGAAAAGCUUCAAGAGGCCAACCUUCUGUUGGAGGACAUCCAGAGAGGACUUAAUGAUUACCUGGAGAAGAAGAGGCUCUUUUUCCCCAGAUUCUUCUUCCUGUCAAAUGAUGAACUGCUGGAGAUCUUGUCAGAGACAAAAGACCCUCUACGGGUACAGCCACACCUGAAGAAGUGCUUUGAAGGGAUUGCCAAACUGGAGUUUACAGACAAUCUGGAAAUCACAGGCAUGAUCAGCUCUGAAAAAGAAACUGUUCCAUUCAUACAGCAAAUUUACCCAGCUAAAGCCAAGGGCAUGGUAGAAAAGUGGUUGCAGCAGGUGGAGCAGAUGAUGCUGGCCAGCAUGCGUCAGGUUAUUGGACAAGGGAUUGAAGCAUAUGUCCAGGUACCUCGUAACACAUGGGUCUUGCAGUGGCCUGGCCAGGUGGUUAUCUGUGUCUCCUCCAUCUUUUGGACCAAGGAGUUGUCUCAAGCCUUGGAACAAAAUGCCCUACCGGACUUUUUGAAAAAGAAUAAUGAUCAGAUUGCAGACAUUGUUGAGCUGGUGCGAGGGAAGCUGACCAGCGGAGCCAGGCUCACUCUUGGCGCCCUCACUGUCAUCGAUGUCCACGCCCGUGACGUGGUGGCCAAGCUGGCUGAGGAUGGGGUUUCCGAUCUAAAUGAUUUCCAGUGGAUCUCGCAGCUGCGCUAUUACUGGCAGGCAAAGAAUGUACAUGUACGGAUGAUAACCACAGAAGCCUUGUAUGGCUACGAGUACCUAGGAAACUCCCCCCGGCUGGUGAUCACACCCCUCACUGACCGAUGCUACAGGACCCUCAUGGGAGCUUUGAAGCUGAACCUUGGGGGAGCCCCAGAGGGUCCAGCCGGAACAGGCAAAACAGAAACUACUAAGGAUCUGGCGAAAGCUUUAGCCAAGCAGUGUGUUGUCUUCAACUGUUCUGAUGGUUUGGAUUACAAAGCCAUGGGGAAGUUCUUCAAGGGGCUGGCCCAAGCUGGAGCAUGGGCCUGUUUCGAUGAAUUCAACAGGAUUGAGGUGGAAGUACUUUCCGUGGUAGCCCAACAGAUUCUUAGCAUUCAACAAGCCAUUAUCCGGAAGCUGAAAACCUUCAUCUUUGAAGGCACUGAGCUCUCUCUGAACCCAACCUGUGCUGUUUUCAUCACCAUGAACCCUGGGUAUGCUGGAAGGGCUGAACUGCCAGAUAACCUAAAGGCCUUAUUCCGGACAGUGGCCAUGAUGGUACCAGAUUAUGCACUCAUCGGAGAAAUCUCCCUGUAUUCAAUGGGGUUUCUGGACUCCAGAAGUCUUGCCCAGAAGAUUGUUGCAACCUACCGCCUGUGCUCGGAGCAGCUCUCCUCCCAGCACCACUAUGACUAUGGCAUGCGGGCUGUCAAGUCUGUGCUCACAGCUGCAGGCAACCUGAAGCUCAAGUACCCCGAGGAGAAUGAGAGCGUGUUGCUGCUCCGGGCCUUGCUUGAUGUCAACCUGGCCAAGUUCCUGGCUCAAGAUGUCCCUCUGUUUCAGGGAAUUAUCUCAGAUUUAUUUCCUGGAGUUGUUCUUCCAAAGCCAGACUAUGAACUUUUUCUGGGAGCACUGAAUACAAACAUCAAAAACAUGAAACUCCAGCCAGUGCCUUGGUUUAUUGGGAAAAUUAUUCAGAUCUAUGAGAUGAUGCUCGUCAGACAUGGCUACAUGAUUGUUGGAGACCCCAUGGGUGGCAAGACCUCGGCUUAUAAAGUGCUGGCUGCAGCCUUGGCUGAUUUGCAUGCAGCCAACCAAAUGGAUGAGUUUGCUGUGGAGUUCAAGGUCAUCAACCCCAAGGCCAUCACAAUGGGGCAACUAUAUGGGUGCUUUGAUGCAGUGAGCCAUGAGUGGACGGAUGGUGUCCUAGCCAAUGCUUUCCGGGAGCAAGCAUCUUCCAUGUCUGAUGAACGCAAGUGGAUUAUAUUUGAUGGGCCGGUGGAUGCUGUUUGGAUUGAAAAUAUGAACACUGUUCUGGAUGACAAUAAAAAGCUAUGUUUAAUGAGUGGUGAGAUCAUACAGAUGAGCCCCAAGAUGAGCCUGAUCUUUGAGCCGGCAGACCUGGAGCAGGCCUCCCCGGCCACCGUGAGCAGGUGUGGGAUGAUCUACAUGGAGGCCCACCAGCUAGGCUGGAAGCCCCUAAAGGACUCAUACAUGGACACCCUGCCCACUAGUCUCACCCAGGAGCACAAGGAAUUGGUCAAUGACAUGUUCAUGUGGCUUGUCCAGCCCUGCCUGGAUUUUAAUCGGUUUCAUUGCAAGUUUGUGGUCCAAACAUCUCCCAUCCACCUUGCCUUCUCAAUGAUGCGUCUGUACUCUUCUCUACUUGAUGAACUUAAGAAAACAGGACAGGAAGAAAAUGACUUACAGGAAGAGCUGUCAAGUCAACAGAUCUUUCUGUGGUUGCAAGGACUGUUCCUCUUUUCCUUGGUGUGGACCAUAGCUGGCACCAUCAAUGGAGACAGCAGACGGAAAUUUGAUGUGUUUUUCCGCAACCUGAUCAUGGGCAUGGAUGAUAACCACCCAAGGCCCAAAAGUGUCAAACUCACCAAAAACAACAUCUUCCCAGAAAGAGGAAGCAUCUAUGAUUUUUACUUCCUCAAACAAGGUAGUGGACAUUGGAAUGCAUGGACAGACUAUAUCACUAAGGAGGAGGAAAUUAUCCCUGCCAAUGCAAAGGUUUCAGAACUCAUCAUUCCCACCAUGGAGACUGCCCGACAGACAUUUUUCUUAAAAUCCUAUCUGGACCAUGAGAUUCCGAUAUUGUUUGUGGGUCCAACAGGCACAGGCAAAUCAGUCAUCACCAACAACUUCCUUCUCCACCUUCCCAAAAACACCUAUGUGCCCAACUUCAUCAACUUCUCUGCCAGAACUUCUGCCAGUCAGACCCAAGAUAUCAUCAUGUCCAAGUUGGACCGAAGACGGAAAGGCCUGUUUGGGCCUCCCCUGGGGAAGAAGGCAGUGGUGUUUGUGGAUGACCUCAACAUGCCAGCCAAAGAGGUCUAUGGGGCCCAGCCCCCCAUCGAGCUUCUGAGACAGUGGAUUGACCAUGGUUACUGGUUUGACAAAAAGGACACAACCAGGCUAGACAUCGUGGAUGUGCUGCUGCUAACAGCCAUGGGCCCCCCUGGUGGAGGAAGGAAUGACAUUACUGGACGGUUCACUCGCCAUCUGAACAUCAUUUCCAUCGAUGCCUUCGAAGAUGAGAUUCUAACCAAGAUUUUCAGUUCUAUUGCUGACUGGCACUUUGGAAGAGGGUUUGAUAUCAUAUUCCUAAGAUAUGGAAAGAUGAUGGUGCAGGCUACUAAGAACAUUUACAGAGCUGCGGUAGAGAACUUCUUGCCAACUCCCUCCAAGUCGCACUAUGUCUUUAACCUACGGGAUUUCUCACGGGUGAUCCAGGGGGUACUGCUCUGCCCUCACACCCAUCUACAGGACAUGGAAAAGCUUAUCCGGCUUUGGAUUCAUGAGGUUUACCGGGUCUUUUAUGAUCGUCUAGUUGACAAGGCAGACAGAGACAUUUUCUUCAACAUGGUGAAAGAAACCACCUCCAAUUGCUUCAAGCAGACCAUGGAGAAGGUGCUCAUCCACUUGUCACCUACUGGAAAGAUCAUUGAUGAUAACAUCCGCAGCCUCUUCUUUGGGGACUUUCUAAAGCCAGAAAGUGACCAAAAAGUCUACGAUGAGAUCACUGACCUGAAGCUGCUGACAUUCGUCAUGGAGUACUACCUGGAAGAGUACAACAACGUCAGCAAGGCCCCCAUGUCUUUGGUCAUGUUCAAGUUUGCCAUAGAGCACAUCUCCAGGAUCUGCCGAGUCCUGAAGCAGAACAAAGGUCACUUGCUUCUAGUGGGCAUUGGGGGCAGUGGGCGGCAGAGUGCCACCAAGCUGUCCACAUUCAUGAACUCCUAUGAGAUAUACCAGAUUGAGAUCACAAAGAAUUACACAAACAACGAUUGGAGGGAGGACCUGAAGAAGAUAAUGCUGCAGGCUGGAGUGGUCACCAAGAGCACCGUGUUCCUCUUCUCUGAUAAUCAGAUCAAGGACGAGUCAUUUGUUGAGGACAUCAACAUGCUUUUGAACACAGGUGAUGUGCCCAAUAUCUUCCCAGCUGAUGAGAAGGCUGAACUUAUAGAGAAGAUGCAAACAGCAGCCAGGACAGAAGGCGUAAAGAUUGAAAUCACUCCUCUUUCUAUGUAUACCUUCUUCAUCGAGAGGGUGAGAAAGAACCUUCACAUCGUACUUGCCAUGAGUCCAAUUGGGGACGCCUUCAGAAACCGCCUGCGGAUGUUCCCCUCAUUAAUCAAUUGCUGUACCAUUGACUGGUUCCAGGCCUGGCCCACAGAUGCCCUAGAGUUGGUGGCCAACAAAUUUCUAGAGGAUGUGGAGCUUGAUGACAACAUUCGGACAGAGGUUGUCUCCAUGUGCAAGUACUUCCAAGAGAGCGUGAAAACCUUGUCAGUUGAUUAUUACAACACGCUUCUCAGACGCAACUAUGUAACCCCCACAUCCUACCUCGAAUUGAUCCUAACCUUUAAGUCACUUCUAAAUAGCAAGAGGCACGAGGUGGACAUGAUGAGGAACCGCUACUUGACAGGCUUACAGAAGCUGAACUUUGCAUCUUCCCAAGUGGCUGUCAUGCAAAAAGAACUGACUGCCCUUCAGCCCCAACUCAUCCAAACCUCUGAGGAGACAGCCAAGAUGAUGGUGAAAAUUGAAGAAGAGACAAAAGAAGCCGAUGCUAAGAAGCUUCUGGUGCAGGCAGAUGAAAAGGAAGCCAAUAUUGCCGCAGCUGUUUCUCAAGCCAUCAAGAAUGAAUGUGAGGGGGACCUGGCUGAGGCCAUGCCAGCGCUUGAGGCUGCUCUCGCUGCCCUGGAUACUCUGAACCCAACCGAUAUCUCCCUGGUGAAGUCGAUGCAGAAUCCACCAGGCCCCGUCAAGCUGGUCAUGGAGAGCAUCUGCGUCAUGAAGGGCCUGAAGCCAGAAAGGAAGCCAGAUCCCGGUGGCACGGGUAAGAUGAUAGAAGAUUACUGGGGAGUGUCAAGAAAGAUCCUUGGAGAUUUGAAAUUCUUGGAGAGUCUCAAGACAUAUGACAAGGACAACAUUCCUGCAGUUAUCAUGAAGCGGAUCCGGGAAAGGUUCAUUGAUCACCCUGACUUUCAGCCGUCUGUCAUUAAAAAUGUGUCAUCUGCCUGCGAGGGUCUGUGCAAGUGGGUGAGGGCCAUGGAGGUAUAUGAUCGCGUGGCCAAGGUGGUGGCUCCCAAACGGGAGCGGCUGAGGGAGGCUGAGGAGAAGCUAGAUGCACAGAUGCAGAAGUUGAAUCAGAAGCGAGCAGAGCUGCAGCUAGUGGAAGACCGGCUGCAGGCUCUAAAUGAUGACUUCGAAGAGAUGAACAUCAAGAAAAACUCGUUAGAGGAAAACAUUGAGUUAUGUUCCCAAAAGUUGGUCAGAGCAGAGAAACUGAUCAGUGGUCUUGGAGGCGAGAAAGACAGAUGGACAGAAGCUGCCCGGCUGCUGGGGAACCGCUAUGUUAACCUGACAGGGGAUGUGCUGGUGUCCUCCGCCACUGUGGCUUACCUGGGUGCCUUCACAGUGGAUUAUCGGGCCCAGUGCCAACAGGAGUGGUUGGCCUGCUGUAAGGCAAAAGUCAUUCCAGGCUCAAGUGACUUCAGUCUCAGCAACACAUUAGGGGAUCCCAUAAAAAUCCGUGCCUGGCAGAUAGCCGGACUUCCUGUGGAUUCCUUCUCCAUUGACAAUGGCAUCAUUGUGUCCAAUUCUAGACGUUGGCCCUUAAUGAUUGACCCUCAGGGACAGGCCAAUAAGUGGGUCAAAAACAUGGAGAAAGCAAAUAAACUCUCCAUCAUCAAGUUCUCUGACACCAAUUAUGUGAGGACAUUGGAAAAUGCCCUGCAGUUUGGCACCCCUGUCUUACUGGAAAACAUUGGAGAAGAGCUCGAUGCAUUUAUUGAACCCAUCUUGCUCAAGGCAACAUUCAAACAGCAAGGGGUUGAGUAUAUGAGGCUGGGUGAAAAUAUCAUCGAAUACUCUAGAGAUUUUAAGUUCUAUAUCACCACGCGUCUGAGGAACCCACAUUAUCUUCCUGAAGUUGCUGUCAAAGUCUGUCUCCUCAACUUCAUGAUCACACCCUUAGGUCUCCAAGAUCAACUCCUUGGCAUUGUGGCUGCCAAGGAGAAACCGGAACUAGAAGAGAAAAAGAACAAGUUGAUUAUAGAAAGUGCAGAGAAUAAGAAACAGCUAAAGGAAAUUGAAGACAAGAUCUUGGAAGUCCUCUCCCUGUCUGAGGGCAAUAUACUGGAAGAUGAAACUGCCAUCAAAGUUUUGUCCUCUUCAAAGAUACUGUCUGAGGAAAUCUCUGAGAAGCAGAAAAUAGCUUCCAUGACAGAAACAGAGAUUGAUGAGACCCGAAUGGGCUACAAACCAGUAGCUGUGCAUUCGGCCACCAUUUUCUUCUGCAUCUCUGACCUGGCCAACAUCGAACCCAUGUACCAGUACUCCCUGACGUGGUUCAUCAACCUCUAUGUGCAUUCCUUGGCCCACAGCAUGAAGAGCGAUGAGCUGGAUCUGCGCAUUGAGUAUAUCAUUGAACAUUUCACCCUGUCCAUCUACAACAAUGUGUGCCGCUCACUGUUUGAGAAGGACAAACUUCUCUUUUCCCUUCUCCUGACCAUCGGCAUCAUGAGAGAGAAAAACAGAAUCAAUGAGGAAGUUUGGUACUUCCUUCUAACUGGAGGCAUUGCCCUAGAUAACCCCUUCCCCAACCCAGCUCCUGAAUGGUUGUCUGAGAAGUCAUGGUGUGAGAUUGUUCGAGCAUCCUCAUUACCCAAACUAGAAGGCCUGAUGGAACAUUUUGAACAAAAUUCUGAAAGCUGGAAGCCAAUCUAUGACUCAGCCUGGCCCCAUGAAGAGACAUUCCCUGCUUCUUGGAGGUUCCUUCAAGGACUAGAGAGGAUGGUGAUCCUCCGAUGUUUACGUCCUGACAAGAUGAUCCUAGCCUUUCAGGAUUUUAUUGCUGAAAAUAUGGGAAAGGUGUUCGUUGAAGCCCCCACCUUUGAUCUCCAGGGAUCCUACAAUGAUUCCAAUUGUUGUGCACCAUUAAUUUUUGUGUUAUCUCCAGGAGCAGAUCCAAUGGCAGGCCUGCUGAAGUUUGCAGAUGACCUUGGUAUGGGUGGCACCAAAAUACAGACCAUUUCCCUUGGUCAAGGCCAAGGCCCUAUUGCUGCCCAAAUGAUCAACAACGCAAUCAAAGAGGGGACCUGGGUGGUCCUACAGAACUGCCAUUUGGCAACAAGCUGGAUGCCCAUGCUAGAAAAGAUCUGUGAGGAGGUGAUUGUUCCUGAAAACACCAAUGUGAACUUCAGACUGUGGCUAACCAGCUAUCCAUCAGAGAAGUUUCCGGUCAGCAUUCUCCAGAAUGGGAUCAAAAUGACCAAUGAGCCUCCCAAAGGGCUUCGGGCCAACCUUUUGCGUUCCUACCUCAAUGACCCCAUCUCGGAUCCUGUGUUUUUUCAAAGCUGUACAAAGCCAGUGAUGUGGCAAAAGCUGUUGUUUGGCCUUUGCUUCUUCCACGCCAUUGUUCAAGAGAGGAGAAACUUUGGACCUCUAGGUUGGAAUAUUCCUUAUGAAUUUAACGAGUCUGACUUGAGAAUCAGCAUGCGGCAGAUCCAGAUGUUUCUCAAUGAUUACAAGGAGGUGCCAUUCGACGCACUGACCUAUUUGACAGGUGAAUGUAACUAUGGCGGCAGAGUGACUGAUGACAAAGACAGGCGUCUCCUGCUGUCUCUUUUGUCCAUGGUCUAUUGUAAGGAGAUUGAACAAGACUAUUAUUUCCUUGCCCCUGGAGAGACAUACUACAUCCCUCCCCAUGGCACUUAUCAGUCCUACAUUGAUUAUCUCAGGACUCUCCCCAUCACAACACAUCCAGAAGUAUUUGGCCUCCAUGAGAAUGCCGACAUUACCAAGGACAACCAGGAAACCAACCAGCUCUUCCAGGGGGUGCUGUUGACCCUCCCGAGACAGUCAGGAGGGAGUGGAAAGUCCCCUCAGGAAGUUGUGGAUGAGCUGGCCCAGGACAUACUCUCCAAGCUUCCCAAAGACUUUGACCAGGAAGAGGUGAUGAAGUUGUAUCCUGUGGUCUAUGAGGAAUCUAUGAACACGGUCCUAAGGCAGGAGGUUAUCAGAUUCAACAGGCUGACUAAAGUGGUUCGCCAAAGUCUCAUCAAUAUUGGCCGAGCCAUCAAAGGGCAGGUUCUGAUGUCCUCAGAGCUGGAGGAAGUCUUCAAUAGCAUGCUCGUGGGUAAAGUUCCAGCUAUGUGGAUGGCCAAGUCCUACCCAUCACUGAAGCCCCUGGGGGGCUAUGUGGCUGACUUACUGACCCGCCUGGCCUUCUUCCAGGAAUGGAUUGCCAAGGGGCCCCCUUCAGUCUUUUGGAUCUCUGGAUUCUACUUCACACAGUCUUUUUUGACGGGUGUAUCUCAGAAUUAUGCCAGGAAAUAUACCAUCCCCAUUGACCACAUUGGAUUUGAAUUUGAGGUAACUACACAAGAAACUGCUAUGGAGAGUCACCCAGAAGAUGGGGCUUACAUUAAAGGACUUUUCCUUGAAGGUGCCCGUUGGGACAGGAAAACGAUGCAGAUUGGAGAAUCUCUCCCCAAAGUCCUCUUUGACCCACUGCCCAUCAUCUGGCUGAAACCUGGGAAGAGUUCUACGUUUUUGCACCAGAACAUUUAUAUCUGUCCAGUGUACAAAACAAGUGCCCGGCGAGGUACCCUGUCCACAACAGGCCACUCUACGAACUACGUCCUCUCCAUUGAGCUCCCAACAGACGUGCCCCAGAAGCACUGGAUAAACCGAGGAGUAGCUUCACUGUGCCAGUUGGAUAACUGA